AUGGGGCACGUUCGCUGCUUCGGCCACGUUGUACAGCUGAUCAGCUGGGGGCUGUUGAAGCAAUUUGAGCCACGUAAGAGACCUAAAAAGAAAGGUAAUGGUGAGAACCCGGACGACUCUGGAGCAGAGGAAGAGGACUGUGAAGGAGCGGCAGAAGAAGACGAAGAGGAGUUCGAUGAGAAUGGAGAUGUCAUUGAGGAGAUGGAGGACGAGGAGGAAGAUGACGACGAUGGGGAGGGAUCAGAGGCCGGGGAGGAGGGAGAUGUGUUGGUCACUGACGACAAUGCGGGGCUGGGCGAGGUCAGCGCCGAUGAGUGGGUGGAUGAGAUGGCGGGAAUGACUCCGGACGAGCUCGCGGAGUUUUACAAGAGCGUGCGUCCGGUCCGUGGGGUCUUGACCAAGAUCCGUCGCCUCGCUGUGAAGAUCCGCAAGUCGACGACCAAGUUGCUGCCGGCAUGGAAGAAGCACUUGAUUGAUCGUGGCUUUGCCGUGCUCAUGAUCCCCAGGGAUGUUCGGACGCGGUGGAACUCAACAUUCGACAUGCUGAAGAUGGUCUUGCGGUUGAAGAUAGCGAUCCGCUCCUUCACUGUUGACGACGGCGACCAUGGGAUCGACCUGGGGGAGUUCGCGCUGUCGAGAGCAGAGUGGACGAUUGUAGAGCAGCUGGUGGAUGUUCUGAAGGUGAGCAGAGCGCGCUCGGGUUGA